AUGUACCGAUUCGUAGUCCUGCUAGUGGCUCUCAUUGCCGGUGGUAGCCUUGCGGAGGCUCUUCAGACCCACCCCUGCACGAACCAGCGGCCUCAUCCCUCCUUCGUUGAGCUCAGCGGCUGCUCCGUCAUGCCUUGUGAGCUGGUUCGAGGAAGCGAUGUAGAAAUGCACCUGGAGUUCGAAGCACCGUUCGCCGCCCAAAGUCUGCAGUAUCGUGUGGUGGCCACGGCCCUCGGUAUCACCGCCCCCUACGAGCUGCCACCAGACCGUGCUAACGCUUGCAACUGGCUCACUGGAUCGGCGUGCCCCAUCAGCCAGGGCGAGGACAUCACCAGCACUCUUAGCAUGCCCGUGCUGCCGAUCUAUCCGCUGGUGUCACUAGUGAUCGAGGUCAGCGUUAUUGAUGAACAGGCUCGCACUCACGCUUGCUUUGCCGUCGAUGCGCGGGUGGUCGUCGCUUAA